AGUCUGUUAUUUAAAGUUCGGCAAAAGGUUCCCAACAGGUCGGUUUUUCAUAUUCGUGGUGUACCUUCAAAAUAUUUGUUACGCCCCUGUGUUUUAGGGAAACUUCUAACCUAUUUUCCUUUCUCUUCGUGAGCUCAAGGUUAUUUAUAAUUUAUGGCUUGUGUUUAUCGAACAAAAAAAAGAAGUUAUUUCAUUUCAAAUAAAAUAUUCGGUAGUGAGAUACAUAUUUUCAUAAGAAGUGUUGAUAAUCAUAAAAUUUUGCGUGUAGGUACCGAAUAAGGAAACCAAAACAAAAGUAUCAUCACAAUCACAACAGUUUCCUUCUAUUAGUUUUUGGCGGCAUUUCUUGAUUUUCAAUUUGAACAAAAAAAACAAAAUGCAACGAAGAUCUACGAGGUCAAUGAAAAAAUCGUCCUCGCCAGUCAAAGAAUUGGAAUCUUCCAAACCAGUUAGAACAUCAAGGGCAGCAUCAAAAAGAAGCACUUUAUGUAAUGCAGAUUCUGAAAGCAGCGAUGAUGAUCAAGAAAUUGUACAGAAGAAUUGUAAAAAAGUAACCAAGAAACAGGGAAGAAAAAUAACAGACUCUUCAUCUAGUGAAAGUGAUAUUGAAAACUACCUCAAACAUGUUAGUGAGAUUGAUCUCGAUUCUUCAUUUUUCAAAAGUAACGAAUCUAAGGGCGACGUUCCUUCAUUUGAUAAAAUCGAAAAAGAAAUAUUCUCAAAUAUCAAAGUUUCCAGAUUAUCUGAUUCCGAUUCAUCUAAUGAUGAACAGACUGAAUCUAUUAAUAUUGACAAAAAAAUUAUUCCCGAAAUAUCUAUCAAUAUUGAAUCAGCUGAAAAAGAUAAAGAAACAAUUCAGUCUUUGGAAGAAGGGGAGGAAAUCGCAAGGCUGAACUUUCAAAGAUUACAGGAUUAUACUAAAAAAAUUGAAGAAGCUAAAAGAAGUGUUGAACAGUACCAGGCUAAACAAUUACAAGAGACGGAAGGUAAAGGGGAGAAAUGUGAGGAUGAAAUCAAUAUUGAAGAUUUAUUAGCUAUUGGAGAAGCUAAGAAAAGCAUAGAUAAGGCAAAAGUAGGAAAAAGCGUUGUUAAGUAUAGUAAAGAUCCGUAUAAAGAUCCUUAUGAUUCUGAACUAGAAAAUUGGGAGGAAAUAGAAGAGGGAGAAACAAAUAGAGAGGAAUCUUUGAUUCCUCAGAAGGAGUUAGAAAUAACUGUGGAAAUGCCAUCUAAUCUGAAAAAGAAAAAAGGGAACGACUUACUGGCUGCUGUAAAACGACGUUUAAAUCGAAUAAGAAAGGAAAAUCAAAUUCUCAUUCAUAAGGUCCAUCUUUUGUGUUGGAUAGCUCACGGAAAUUUUGUAAACAAUCUUCUCAGUGAUCAAAGUAUGCUUGCACUCGGUUUGUCUUUAAUGCCAUCAGAAAAGAGUUUUCCUUCCAAACGAGUUGAUUUAGAUUAUUUAGAACAAAUAUUGAAGUGGUACAAAAAAACAGUGAAACUUGCAGAGAAGAAGGUUCCCGAAAAUUUAUCAUUAGAAGAGUUAUUAAUUGAACAAAUCGACAAAAAGGAGGCUUACACAAAGAGUAUGCUGGCCAUGAUAUUCAUUGUUAUUUUGAGGUCUUUAGGCAUACAGUGUAGGUUGGUCAUUUCACUUCAAGUUGAACCUUUGCGACCUCCUAAUAGUGAUUUACAUUUUUUGGGGAAUUCUUCUACUUCUAAAGAUAAUAAAAGUGAAAAAACUAAAGUGAAGUGUGGAGAAACUACUAAGUCAUCGACAUCUGAUGAAAGUACCGAAAAGGAGGGAGAGAAAUCGACAAAAAAAAAUUAUUUGGAGAAAGGUGAAACCACUCGAAAUAGUUCAGAAGUAAGUAAAAAAGGGUCUUCAGAGAAAAAGAAUAACACCGUUACAAAGGAAAAAAUUGAUAAAUCUAGGAAAAGUAUCCAUUCAUCCAAAGAGAAAGAUAGUGCUUCUGAAAAAAAGAAUAUUGAGAAAGAAAGGAAAGGAAGAGAUCAAACGGGACAUAGUGAUAAAAAGGAUGAUGAAGUGAAUAGUAGGAAAAUCGAAAAAAAGGAUACCAGCAAUGCAAAAAAAGAUCCUAAACAACUCGAUUCACAAAAGAGUGAAAGAAGUAGUAGAAGAAGUCAAAAAAAAGACGAAAGUAGCGGAACUGUGGAAAAAAAUGCAGGUCAAAACUUGAAUAAAACGAAGUUGAAAGAAAGUAACAAAGAAUUGAAAGCAACGAAAGAUGAGGACCCAAAACCCAAAAGGGCUACAAGAUUGAAAUCAAAGAGCCCCUCGAAUGAAUCUCAGAGUGUUAGAUCUAAAAGCGCGAACGUAUUGAAGGUGAGGUUGGAGAGGAUAGAUGAGGUACAUGGUAAACUUCGCUCCAAAAGUUCAUCGUCGAAUACUGGGAGUGCUAAGAGUAAAAAGAUUCCCCAGUUGGAUGGUCUCGAUGAUUCUGGGGAUUUCAAAGGUUUCAAAGGGUCGCCAGAUAAGACAAAGACCACAAAUGGCAAAACCUUCGAACAAUUCUACACCCAGAUCUAUAAACAAGUUUCUCAAAAACCGUCAUCUUCGAAAGUGAAUCUAAAAAAACUCAAAACCAGUACUUCGAGCCCCGACGAUGAGGAUUGUAAAUCGAGGAAGCACAGAAGAAGUGUUAAAAAAUUGUCUUAUGCUGAGAAAACUAGCACAGAUUCAGAAGACGAUUUCGAAAACAGUUCACCUAAAAAAAAGAGGAUUUCAGAAAGAGCAGAACCGAAAAAGGCUGACAGGGAAGAAUCCGCCAAAAAAGAUAAAGUCAAUCUACAAAAACUUAGAAGAUCAAAGACUACAAGCGUUGAAAAUAUCGAGAAAAAAUCUGCUAAGAAGACGAUUGAUGUUAAGCAGGACAUAAUGAAUCUGGUGAAGGGAAGGAUUCAAGAACAGAAACACAUCGAUAGAAGCAAAAUGGUCAAGAAGCGAAAACCGGCCCACGAUUCUGAUUCCGAAGACAGCGAUUAUGUUCCAGAACCGAUCAAGAAAAAAUACGCGGAUAGCGACGAUGAGUUCUAUCCUAAAAUGAAGGUUAAAAGAAGUGCUCAGGUCAAAGAAGAGGUGAAGAAAAUUAAAAAGAAAAAGCCAAAAGACUCUAACAGCAGGAAGGUGAUCUCGAGUGAUAGUGAGUACACGGAAGAAGAAUUGGUGGUGAAGAAAGAAGAACCCGUUAAGAAGAAGAGAGGUUGCGAUACAUGGCUCGAGGUUUUCCUCGAGAUGGAGGAAAAGUGGAUCAGCGUGGAUGUUGUUUUCGGCCAGGCGCAUUGCGUUAAUGAACUAUACUCUAGGGCGACCCAUCCCGUUUCAUACGUUUUAGCAUGGAACAAUAAUAAUCACAUCAAAGACAUCACCAGAAGGUAUUGUCAAAAUUUCAACACUGCAACAAGAAAACUCAGGAUUGACGCUAAAUGGUGGGAGGAAUCUUUGAAACCGUUCCUGGGCCCGAAGAACGCAAAAGAUAGGGAAGAAGAUGAUGAAUUAGACAGACAACAACAAGAAAAACCACUGCCUACUACAAUAUCAGAGUACAAAAAUCACCCACUGUAUGCGCUCGAGAGGCAUUUGUUGAAAUUCGAAGCGUUAUAUCCGCCUAACGCUGCUCCUUUGGGAUACGUCAGAAACGAACCGGUGUAUUCGAGAGACUGCGUGUUCGUCUGUCACUCGAGAGAUAUCUGGUUGAAGCAGGCCAAGGUUGUUAAGCGCAAGGAGCAGCCUUACAAAAUCGUGAAAGCAAGGCCCAAAUACGAUAAGUUGUCGAACACCAUGAUAACAGGGCAAAAUCUGGAGAUUUUCGGACCGUGGCAGGUGGAAGAUUACGAUCCUCCAACGGCAGAAAACGGCAUCGUGCCUCGGAAUGCCUUCGGAAACGUGGAUCUGUUCAAACCUUCCAUGCUGCCCAAGAAAUGCGUGCAUCUCAGAUUGCCUGGGUUGAACAAAACUGCUAGACGCUUAAAUAUCGAUUGCGCUUCGGCCAUAGUGGGAUUCGACUUCCACGGGGGCUGGAGUCAUCCUGUUUACGAUGGAUUCAUUGUCUGCGAAGAAUAUGAAGAUAAGUUAGUGGCUGCCUGGAAUAUGGAGCAAGAAGAACAGGAGAAGAAAGACCAGGAGAAAUAUGAAAAGAGGGUGUAUGGUAAUUGGAAGAAGCUGAUCAGAGGUUUGAUGAUCAGAGAACGGCUGAAGGCGAAAUAUGGAUUUGGCCAAAACAAGGAGGAGGAGGAGGAAUCUGAAGGUUCUAGUGAACCACAAGAAAAGAAGGCGAAAGUGGCGCCGAAGAAAAACCGCAGGUUGAUCAGCGAUUCUUCUGAAGGCGAAGAAAAUGACGGAAAAUAAUAAUCUCACAGAUAACAGUUUAAUUAAUGCAGUAUUUCGAAUUUUUAUAAUAGCGUGUGAAAUUUUUAUUUUUGAAAAUGCAUCCGUAAUUUUUGGAUGGAUAUUUUUUUCAUUGUUUACAUUUGUUAUAUUCUACAUUCUACUAUGUUUUAAGAUUGUUAGUUAUUAUGUUACUAUUUCAUUAAAAAAAUAGUCAAA